CCGACGGAACCGUGGCGGGUGGGACUGGGACCACCCCCCCCCCCGCCGCCUGGCCCUCCUUAAACACCGGAGACUCGGAACGCCCCGAUUAUUAAUUUGUGUUUUUUAGUGCAGCCGCUAUAUUGUUGUUGUUUAUUGUAGAUUAGCCAUGGAACUCUCCGACAUAUUCUACGUCAAGGCCGAGUACAUCGAGACAGCCUCGGGAAACAAAGUGAGUCGACAGUCCGUGCUGUGUGGGAGCCAGAAUAUAGUCCUGAAUGGCAAGACGAUCGUGAUGAACGACUGCAUCAUCCGCGGCGACCUGGCGAACGUGCGCGUCGGGCGACAUUGCGUCAUCAAGAGCCGCAGCGUCAUCCGCCCGCCGUUCAAGAAGUUCAGCAAGGGGGUCGCGUUCUUCCCUCUGCACAUCGGGGACCACGUGUUCAUAGAGGAGGACUGUGUCGUCAGCGCCGCUCAGAUCGGAUCGUACGUCCACAUCGGCAAGAACUGCGUCAUCGGCAGGCGCUGCGUGCUCAAGGACUGCUGCCGCAUCGAGGAUGGGACGGUGCUGCCUCCGGAAACGGUGGUGCCUCCCUUCACCAGUUUCUCCGGCUCCCCCGGACUGUGCACCGGGGAGCUACCUGAAUGCACACAAGACCUGAUGAUGGACGUGACCAAGAGCUACUACCAGAGGUUUCUGCCCAUCUCACAGGUCAACUGAGAAAAGGAACUUGGACUGUUGUUAGCCUUUUUGUUACGUUCAACUCGAAGAGAAUAUCCCCGCGUGAAAUGGUCGCAAGAGUCAACUCUCGAUUAUCAUUUGGCGCGUUGGUGGGGGGGGGGCGUUGGCGGGGGGGGGGGUAAUAGUGGCACGGCUCAAACAUAAGCCACAGAUAAUGCAAAAUGCAUGUAAAUGACGAUAUGAAGCAUAUUCAUAUUGAUUAGCUAUGGUGGAGCUGUGGGGGGGGGGG